UAGUAGUAGUAGUACGAUUGAAUGAAUGAAUGCAAAUUAGGGCUCGCCCCCUUGGUCACGUGGGCUCAGGUGUGGGCCGGGCCUCUGGACGGGGUCACGUGGGCCCAGGUAAGGGCCACCCCCCCCCCCCCCGGGGUCCGCCCAGUUUCCACCUUCCCGCUUCCGCGGGCGGAGGGCGUCAUGGAGGCGGUGUCCGGCUGGAGCCCCGGCACGGUGGCGGCCUGGCUGCGAGGGCUGGACGAGUCCGUGCAAGGCUACCCCUUUGAGCAGUGGACAUUGACGGGCCAGACCCUGCUCCAGCUGACCUACCGUGACCUGGAGACCCUGGGCGUGCAUCGCGUCGGCCACCAGGAGCUCAUCCUGGAGGGGGUGGAGCAUCUCUACGCGCUGAGCUCUGGUCUGGAGACGGAGAACCUGCAGAGCCUGACCACGCACCUGCGGGUGGUCACCCAUACCCUCCAUGGCCUGGUUCAGAACCCCAGUGAGGGCAGCGUGGGCACGCUCCCGCCCGCCAUCCUCUCCUGCGUUGUCGAGCUGGUGCGGGCUGCGUGGGAUCUCUUCUCUUGGCUCAAUAGGUAUCUUUUCUGUCAGCUCAAUGACUACUCAGCCUGCCAGGAGAUAGUGGGGCUGUGUGCCCAGCUGGAACAGACCCUGCACGAGGACUCUCCAGAGGCCGAAAAGGAAACUCAUAUCCUGACGAUUUGCAGCCACGUGGCCGCCAUCUGCGACACCAUCCUGGGCUGGAGCCCCGAGGAGCUGCUGCGUCAGCGGGCCCAGCUGCAGCCCGUGGCACUGACCCCCUCACGGCCCCUCGCCUGCCUGGGUCUGCAGGGCCAGGGUCUCUGCGGCACGGGCAUCGAGAUCCACAGCACCAGCAGUGGCCGGCAUUUCGUGUCUGGGAUCAGCCCUGAGUUUCUGGCUGGAGACCACUGCCCACAGCUCCUGCCUGGUGACGAGAUCAUCCAGGUCAAUGGGCAGGUGGUGGUGGGCUGGACCCAGUCGAACCUGGUGAGGAAACUUCUGGAGGACCCGGCCCACGCCCAUCUGCUCCUGAAGAACGUCCCAGUGCCAGACCCGGAGUCGCCUGCCUGCUGCCCUUUGCCCGGGCCUUCUUCCCGCUCUCCUUCAUCUGGCCCUGAACCGCUAGCCCACUCCCCUCUACCCAGCUCUCUGCUCUCUGCCCACUCCCCUUCACCCGAGCCACCUGCCCGUUCCCUUUCUCCCAGCUCUGAGCCACCUACCCGCCCCCCUUCACCCGGCUCUGAGCCAUCUGCCCGCUCCCCUUCACCCGAGCCACCCGCCCGCUCCCUUUCACCCGGCUCUGAGCCACCUACCCGCUCCCCUUCACCCGGCUCUGAGCCACCUGCCCGCUCCCCUUCACCCGAGCCACCCGCCCGCUCCCUUUCGUUUGGCUCUGAGCCACCUACCCGCUCCCCUUCACCCGGCUCUGAGCCAUCUGCCCGCUCCCCUUCACCCGAGCCACCCGCCCGCUCCCUUUCACCUGGCUCUGAGCCACCUACCCGCUCCCCUUCACCCGGCUCUGAGCCAUCUGCCCGCUCCCCUUCACCCGAGCCACCCGCCCGCUCCCUUUCACCCGGCUCUGAGCCACCUACCCGCUCUCCUUUACCCGACUCUGAGCUACCUGCCCGCUCCCCUUCUCUCAGCCCCAGGUCCCCUGCCCACGCCCCUUUGCCCGAGCCGCCUGCCCGCUCCCUGUCGUCUGGCCCCGAGCCGCCUGCCUCUUCACCUUCACAUGACCCUGAGCUUCCUGCCUGCCCUGCUUCUCCUCUCCCCGGGCCCCCUUCCUGCUCGCCUUCUCCUGAGCUGCUUGCCCGCCCCCCUACACCUGGUUCCAGACCGUCUACCCGCUCCCCUUCGCCCGACCCCAGGCCUCCCAUCUGCUCCCUAUCGCCUGGCCCUGACACACAGGCUGCCCUCGGCCCUCCAGCCUCGCCGACGCCUAGAAUCUUCAUCUUCGACCAGUGUCUGUCACCGGAAGACCCCGUCUUCUUCGGGGAAGACUCCAGCCUGCCUCCAGAACUGGGUGCCUUGGUCUUUGACACCGAAGUCAACAGUCCUGACCCAGAGACCAAGGUGGGCACCGAGCCAGAGCCACCAGCCGAGACUCUAGGCUCAAGUCGGAGGAAACCCAAAGCAGGGGUGGCGACGCGGCUGAGCCGCCGGCGGGUCUCGUGCCGGGACCUGGGCCGGGCCGACUGUGACGGGUGGCUGCUGCGGAAGAAAGACCACGCGGGCUUCAUGGCGCAGAAGUGGCGACGCUGCUGGGUGGUGCUGAAGGGGCACACUCUCUACUGGUACAGCCACCCACAGGACGAGAAGGCCGAGGGCCUCAUCAAUGUCUCCAACUACAGCCUAGAGAGCAGGCAGGAGCAGAAAAAGAAAUACGUGUUCCAGCUUACCCACGAGGUGUACAAACCGUUCGUCUUUGCCGCCGACACCCUGGAUGACCUGAGCAUGUGGGUCAGCCACUUGGUCACCUCUAUCUCCAAGUACCAGGCACCCAACCUGGCGGUCUCCCAGAACGAGGAAGACUGUUACAGUGAGACGGAGGCCGAGGACCCGGAUGAGGAGAUCAGGUCCAGAGCGGGUUCUGCCGCCUCGGGGCGAGCCCAGCACCUCCCCAGGGACGACAGCCCCCCUGCCCUCAGGACCCCGCGGGGCAGCCCCGGGCCCGGCCACAGGAGAAGGGGCAGCCCGGGGCACUCCCAGACGUGGUCCAUCGAUAGCAGCGACGUGGCCAUGGAGGCGCUGGUGCAGGGCCUCCGGCAGGGCGGGGUCUCGCUCAUCGGGCAGCCGCAGCCUGUGACCCACGAGGAGUACCGCAGCUCCUUCGUCCGACGCAACCGCGACCCCCACAUCAACGAGCGCAUCCACCACGUGCGGGCCCUGCAGAGCACCCUCAAGGCCAAGCUGUGUGAGCUGCAGGUUCUGGACCAGGUCCUGCAGGACCCUGCCCUGACCGGGGAGAAGUUUCGUCGCUGGAAGCUGCAGCACCAGGAGCUGUACGCCGAGGGGCCCGGGGGCUGGGUCCUCGCCGGAGCGGGGGCCGGGGGCCCGAGCAACCCCUCUCCCGCUGCCCCGUGACCGCCGGGGGCCCGGCUGGUGCUGCUGAUCCCCGGCCCCCGCCGAGGGCAACCGGGCCUUAGGGCAUCGGACGUUCUUGGUCCUCGGGGUUCCUGUGGCCCAGAGUUCUCGGUGGUCAGGGUGACCUUCGUAGGGGCAGGAGGGCCAACCCUCAGGAGCAGGAAGUGCAGGUGACCGACUUCCCUCCUCUGCCUCCCUCAGGGGCCGGGCCCGGGGGCUGGGGACAGGCCUGCUGGGGUGAACUGGACCAGCCUGCCCAUGCGCCUCACCCAACCCCCGCCCCGUUGCCCACUGCCCGCAGCCAGGGGUUGGCCCAGGCCCCCUCCCCAGUUGUCUUGCUAGGAUUGACCGGGAAGCCUCCCCCUCCUCCCCUCUAAUCAUAAUUUUGGUACUUGUUACGCGCUUCCUUCCCCCAUGUCCCCUUCUCCCCAACCCGCACCAUUUCCAGCCACCCUGGGCACCGCGAUUGGCCCUGGGCUUGACUCUGUCCCGUGGGGACCGGAAAGCGGGUCAGGGUCAACUUUGUCUCCUGGGAUUAUCGCUGCAGUGAUGGUAGGGGACUUGUGUGGGUCUUGGACCCCAACCUGCAAGGCAUCACUGGCCACACCUCCACUGGAGCAUUUCACCCUUCCCCGCCACGGCCCCCCCGUGGCCAUGGCUCUCUGGGCUGACGCCCCUCCCCUCCCCUCACGCAUCCUGGACCAGAGGGGAGGGGGCCCGAGGAGGAGGGACCCCAGUAGAGAGGAGACGGGGGACUCCUGCAAUAAAAACCCAGGUUCAGGCA